AAGUAAAGAAGCAGAAAUAAAGAGAAUAAACAAAGAGCUGGCAAACAUUAGAUCAAAAUUUAAAGGUGACAAGGCUCUUGAUGGCUAUAGUAAAAAAAAAUAUGUCUGCAAGUUGCUCUUCAUCUUUCUCCUGGGUCACGACAUUGACUUUGGGCACAUGGAGGCCGUGAACCUGCUGAGCUCCAACAGAUACACGGAGAAGCAGAUCGGAUAUCUCUUCAUUUCUGUGUUGGUGAACUCCAACAGCGAGCUGAUCCGCUUGAUCAACAAUGCCAUCAAGAAUGACCUGGCCAGUCGAAACCCCACCUUCAUGGGCUUGGCCCUCCACUGCAUCGCCAAUGUGGGCAGCCGGGAGAUGGCCGAGGCGUUUGCUGGGGAGAUUCCUAAGACUCUUGUAGCUGGAGACACCAUGGACAGUGUGAAGCAGAGCGCCGCCCUGUGUUUGCUGCGCUUGUACAGGGCAUCUCCCGACCUUGUCCCCAUGGGUGACUGGACAUCCCGAGUGGUGCAUCUCCUCAACGACCAGCACUUGGGAGUCGUGACUGCUGCCACGAGUCUUAUCACCACCUUGGCCCAGAAGAAUCCUGAAGAGUUUAAAACCUCCGUCUCUCUGGCUGUCUCCAGAUUAAGCAGAAUUGUGACAUCUGCGUCAACAGAUCUUCAGGAUUAUACGUACUAUUUUGUUCCGGCUCCCUGGCUGUCAGUAAAACUUCUAAGGUUGCUACAGUGCUAUCCACCCCCAGAAGACCCUGCAGUGCGAGGGCGCCUGACUGAGUGCCUGGAGACCAUCCUGAACAAAGCACAGGAGCCACCAAAGUCAAAGAAAGUCCAGCACUCCAAUGCCAAGAACGCCGUGCUCUUCGAGGCCAUCAGUCUGAUCAUCCACCAUGACAGUGAGCCCAACCUGCUCGUCCGUGCCUGUAACCAGCUGGGCCAGUUCCUGCAGCACCGGGAGACCAACCUGCGCUACCUGGCCCUGGAGAGCAUGUGCACGCUGGCCAGCUCUGAGUUCUCCCACGAGGCUGUCAAGACGCACAUCGACACUGUCAUCAACGCUCUGAAGACGGAGCGAGAUGUGAGUGUGCGGCAGCGGGCUGUGGAUCUCCUCUACGCCAUGUGUGACCGCAGCAAUGCCCAGCAGAUCGUGGCCGAGAUGCUGAGCUACUUGGAGACAGCGGACUACUCUAUUCGAGAGGAGAUUGUGCUGAAGGUUGCAAUCUUGGCAGAGAAGUACGCCGUGGACUACACAUGGUAUGUGGACACCAUCCUGAACCUAAUCCGGGUUGCCGGUGACUACGUAAGUGAGGAGGUGUGGUACCGCGUCAUCCAGAUCGUCACCAACCGGGACGACGUGCAGGGUUAUGCUGCCAAGACGGUGUUCGAGGCUCUUCAGGCCCCGGCGUGCCACGAGAACCUCGUCAAAGUCGGUGGCUACAUCCUGGGGGAGUUUGGAAACUUGAUAGCGGGGGACCCAAGAUCCAGCCCUCUGGUCCAGUUCCACCUGCUGCACUCCAAGUUCCACCUGUGCAGCGUGCCCACCAGGGCGCUGCUCCUGUCCACUUACAUCAAGUUUGUGAACCUCUUCCCGGAGGUGAAGCCCACCAUCCAGGAUGUGCUGCGCAGCGACAGCCAACUGAAGAACGCCGACGUGGAGCUGCAGCAGCGGGCCGUGGAGUACCUGAGGCUCAGCACCGUGGCCAGCACCGACAUCCUGGCAACUGUCCUGGAGGAAAUGCCCCCGUUUCCAGAGCGCGAGUCCUCCAUCCUGGCCAAGCUCAAGAAGAAGAAGGGCCCAAGCACUGUGACAGACCUGGAGGGGGCCAAGCGGGAGAGGGGCGCCGAUAUCAACGGGGGCCCUGAGCCUGCAACAGCUGGUGCCAGCACCACGUCUACACCUUCUCCAUCCGCAGACCUCCUGGGUCUGGGGGCUGCCCCCGCUGCCGCUGCAGGCCCCCCCACCUCCUCUGGUGCGCUGCUCGUGGACGUGUUCUCAGACUCGCCCUCCAUGGUGGCGCCUCUGGCUCCUGGCUCCGAGGACAACUUUGCCAGGUUUGUCUGUAAAAAUAAUGGUGUCUUGUUUGAAAACCAGCUGCUUCAAAUUGGACUUAAGUCUGAAUUUCGGCAGAAUUUAGGUCGAAUGUUUAUAUUUUAUGGUAAUAAAACCUCCACGCAGUUCUUAAAUUUCACUCCAACACUAAUCUGUUCAGAUGACCUUCAGGCCAGUCUGAGCCUGCAGACCAAGCCUGUGGACCCGACUGUGGACGGGGGUGCACAGGUGCAGCAGGUCGUCAACAUUGAGUGCGUGUCUGACUUCAUGGAGGCGCCCGUCCUCAACAUCCAGUUCAGGUAUGGGGGCACCUUUCAGAAUGUGUCCGUUAAGCUGCCUGUCACACUCAACAAAUUCUUCCAGCCCACAGAAAUGGCUGCUCAAGAUUUCUUCCAGCGUUGGAAGCAGCUCGGCAGUCCCCAGCAGGAAGUGCAGAACAUUUUCAAAGCAAAGCAUCCCAUGGACACAGAGAUCACCAAAGCCAAGAUUAUUGGGUUUGGUCCUGCGCUCCUUGAAGAAGUUGAUCCUAAUCCUGCAAAUUUUGUGGGAGCUGGUAUCGUACAUACCAGAACCACCCAGAUCGGAUGCUUACUGCGUUUGGAGCCAAAUCUACAAGCCCAGAUGUACCGGCUCACGCUGCGCACGAGUAAGGAGACUGUCUCUCAGAGGUUGUGUGAGCUGCUGUCAGAGCAGUUUUAGCCAGCGAGAACGGAGCAUCAGGCUUGCCUGUGUGCACUGCUCCUCAUCUCUAUCGUCUGUCUUCACGACCGUGCUGCAGAGAAUGCCCCAUCCACACAGCGUGGCACAUGGCCUCUCAGCCUGCCACUCAGACCGUGUCCUGGGCAGGGACAGGAUGCCAGGGUGCUGUGGAAGAGGGAAAGGCUGAGCCUGCACAGCUGCCGAGGCAGAGGAGGGAACAUGGGUCUGGGAUCGGUUCCUACAGAAAUGAAGACAAUUCUGUGGUCACAUCUGCAGAUUAAAGGGAAAUCAAGUUUGAAUGAAAA